CAUCAAAAAGUAAAGUAAAAAUUCAUUUUAUUUAAUUUCUUCUUCCAUUUCAUUCUUCAAACACACACACACACAUCAAAAUGGGAGUUCUUUCCAAUAAGAUUGAUCGGAAGCAAUUGAAAGCAGGCGAUCACAUUUACUCUUGGAGGAAGGCUUACCUCUAUGCACAUCACGGAAUAUAUGUUGGUGAGGGAACGGUAAUCCACUUCACAGCUGUAAGAGGAACACAAACCGGAACGCCAACUAUUGUUGACAAUCUUUUCGCAAGUUCAGCUCCUUCCUUUGACACCGACAUUCCAUGCCCAAGAUGCAGUGACUGCAACCAAACAAUGACGGAUGGUGUCAUCUCAUCUUGCUUAGAUUGUUUUCUUUCUGGAGGAGAACUACAUCUCUUUGAGUAUGGUGUAUCUAAAAUUCAUUUUCUAGCACAAGCUAGAGGAGGUACCUGCACUCUCGCAUCUUCGGAUCCAACUCAAGAAGUUGUUACUCGCGCCUUGAAUCUUCUUGAAAAUGGAUUUGGUGACUACCAUUUCUUCGAGAAUAACUGUGAGGAUUUUGCGGUUUAUUGCAAAACAGAACUGGUUGUAAGGAUAAACAGCAUUGUAGGUGGUGGCGGAAGUGGACAGGUUGCAUCUUACUUGGCUGCUGUCAACUGCAUAGGUUCUUUGCCGCUUGGAUUUGUGAAGACGAGUUUUUACGGUAGGGUAUUGGUUCAUUGUGGAAUGUACUGCAUUAGAAGAUUGGUUUCUGAUAUUGGAUUUCGCAGUGGGGUAACUAAAGUUCCUGUUGAAAAAAUACAUGAGAUGGCUAGGUGGGAAAACUAGUGUGGUUUCAUCAAAACCACUCUUGUAAAAGGUCUUUGUUAAGUUUCAUGUAUGUUGUUCUUAACAAGCACGUCAUUGUUAGAAUAUUGUUUCUUUGUAGUUAGUUAUAUGUUUUUAAUGUUAUCUUUGUUCGAUUAUUGAA